UACUCCAUUAACGGAAGUAAACAAAAGUAAUGAUUACCUUACCCGCAGGCGUGAACAAUCUAAACAAAUUAUGCACCAAAGACGUGCCAUGCAAUCAGAUGAACAACGAAAUAUGAGAAAUUCACAGAAUGCCUCAAAUAUGCGAAACAAACGUGCCUUAAAAACUCCUGAUGAAAAUCUUAAUUGA